AUGAAAAAGACGGCGAUCAAAACUCUGCAGCAGCGAUUGAACACUCUCCUCAUGGAAUCCACAGAAGCAGUUAAUGAUGAAGCCACAAGUGAGGUCCAGAUGACAGACGAGAAGAUUAAAAGAAGGAAAUUUAAAGACACUCAGACCGCAGAGACCUGUAAUAAUGCAACGCAUGAUGCCGAACAGCUAAUCAUUCAAAAUAACAAGCUACUGGGCGAUCUUGAGGAUAAACCUUCAUACGGACUGGAUGCGAAGAAGAAAAAGCGAGAGCGUCAUGCGUCAGAGUCUUCAAACGCCUUCCCUGUUGAAGAUACAUCACCUGCACUGAAGAGGGAGCGCAAAACAAUACUGAUAGAAUCGACUGCCAGGACCGGACAAACACCGAAAGUAAUUUGUGAACCUCUUUCUGGGCACAAGAAGAAAAAGAAGUCGAUCGAAAUUGAAUAA